CGUCUCUUGUUCUUUUAAUCCACAUAUCAUCUCUAACUAUCUCAAAUUCUCUCUUUCUCUUUCCUUCUAUAUAGAUUUUGUUGCGAGAUAUAUAUAUAUCGUACUCGUACGAAGAAGACCGCUCGCUCGUGUGUAAAAAGGAUGAGGUGUAGAGCACUUAAUAUUCGGAGAAGAAAGAGAGUUAUGGUUAAUGUGAGCUCGAGGAAGCUCAUGACUCGUCUUCGUCGAAUGGUUGCUCCGGAAACGAGUUUUUCCGGCGAGGUUGUUGACGGUGACACGCUUUAUCGGCUCACGGCUGAUCACAUUUUCCUACUUCAAGCAAGAAUCCAACUUCUUCGUCGCAUUUCUUCUGUUUGUGGUCUCUAGAUCGAAGCUACACGUGGCUAUAGAAAGACGAAUUGCAAUGGUAUAAUUAUGGAUAAAAACCAGACGUAUGUUUUCUCUAUAUAUUCUCUUUAAGUAAAUCAUCUUAUAAGUACGUUUUAAUGCCGACGCUAUAAUCUGAGUGUAUUUAUGUUUAUGAUGUAUUUAAUUGUCAACAGUUUUUUUACAUGCAUGCAGCUUUGACCGCA